UUGGAAAACGAAGUGAUACCUGGCUACUACGUUGUUGGAUAGGCUACACUACAAAAACAAAGCCAGGUACAUCUGACUUGGUUCGAACCACUCCAGUUCUGACGCAAUUACAUUUUUUUUUAACCUUGGGUCAAAUUACACAAUUUAAUAAAAACCCGUUAGGGCUACGUGCAAAUCACAAGAAACUGAAAAGCAGGCAUAGGGUUCUUCUGACUCACCACAAAAAGUUCAGAUAAAAACGUGGAAUGCUACAGCUUCCUGUUUCGUCAUCAUCUCUAUGAAGUUGACUUCAAACUAGUCACGAGCAGACCUGAUACAGUCUUAUUUUCUGCUACUUCGCCCUUCUUGGUAAAUUAAUCAAACUUAGCAACGCUUGGCUUGAGACUAGUUGUAAAAUAUACAGACCAAAAAAUAGUUAAGCCAGGGCGACCUUAUCUGUGACAAAAAAAAACAAACGCGUUUGUUAAAGAAACAACCGGGAUAGCAGCCGCUUUUCGAAGACUGACAUUUGAAUGAGUGAGUGAUUGAGUAGUGCUGCUUGAAAACUAACUGUCACUGUAUGUGAAGAUGAAGCCUGACGUAAAAUUGGUACUGCUGGGGGACAUGAACGUGGGAAAAACGUCUUUGUUGCACAGGUACACCGAAAGGAAGUUUACAAAUACAAUUAGCACAAUCGGGGGCGCUUUCUUCUUGAAGCAGUGGGGACCGCAUAACAUUUCAAUAUGGGAUACCGCAGGGCGAGAGCAGUUCCAUGGCCUGGGCUCCAUGUACUGCCGCGGAGCCGAUGCUGUCAUUCUCACUUAUGAUGUCACAAAUUGGCAGAGCUUAGCAGAACUGGAAGACAGGUUCUUGGCAGUGACUGACACCGCAAAGCCGGACUGUAUUUUUGCCAUCGUUGGAAAUAAAGCAGACCUGACGGAUGACUGUGCCUUGUUUAAAGAGGCAGAAGGAGAUGAGAGCCCAGUUCAGACUAAGGGCAGCCCCAGACUGCGGAAGCAAGUGCACACAGAGGAUGCCGUCGCGCUGUAUAAAAGGAUUCUGAAGUAUAAAAUGCUAGAGGAAAAGGACUGCCUCCCUGCAGAGAAGAUGUGCUUCGAGACCAGCGCCAAAACAGGGUACAACGUCGACACACUGUUUGAAAGCUUAUUUGACAUGGUGGUGCCAGUGAUUUUAAAGAACAGAAAUGAAGGCUUCUCUCAGACUGUAGAUUUGACCGAAUACAAUGAUGGAAAAAGGACUAGGCCUGGCUGCUGUGUUUAAUUAAACAUGAAAUAAUUUAUGUGGUAAUGCUAGAGGUAUGAGACAAGCUUUUUACUGAAAAAAUGCAAAAUGUACCAGUGAAUUGAAUUUUCUUAUUUAUUGUUGAAACCACAUGGUCAUUUGCAUAUUCUGUUGCUUUUAUUACUGUUAAAUAAGUCUACAUUAAUGAUUGAGCCUUUUAAUGUAAUUCACAACUUUUAUGUAUGUAGUACUCGCACACAAGGUAUGGUUGUAGCACUGUCAUUUCAUUUGCAGGCAAGGCUGUGUUAACAAGGAAAGUUAAUAAAGGGGUCCUGUUUUUAGGAACUAGAGUACAUUUAUUACUGUAUAUUACUUGAUGUUAUAAAUUAACUAGGUCCAGUUUUUGUGUUUUCAACAUGUUACUAUUAUAUGGUUGGAUAUUUCAGAUAUGUGUUUUUUUAUCUUUUUUUUUUUUUUUUACUGUGAAUCUAUUUUGUAUGUCUACUAUUUGUAUAUUUUGUCUGUUGAAAAAUAUGUAUUUAUAGUGCACAUUCCACAAGACCUGUCAAUUUAAAAAUAAAAAAUGAUACUUAAUAAUCAA